UCAAUCUAGAAAAACUAAGACUUUUAAAGUGUGUAAAGUUAAUGGAACGACAAUAAAAUAUCUCUCGAGUCAUACUAUCAAGACCUUUUACAAAAACUCCAUUGCCUACAUUGAAUAUAAGAAAUUCUUCCGUCUUAUUCAAUGUCGUCAACUCGUUGGCUAACUUUAUUUUCUCUUGUUUUUAUUUUCCUUUUAUACAUUCAGACUAGCAUCGCUUUUGAGUUUUAUUUAAAUAAAAAUGCAAAGCUAUGCUUCACAGAACAGCUAACUUCCAAUACCAAAGUGAGUGGUGAGUAUGCGGUUGCUGGUAGCGAGGGAACGAUGAGUGUAGAUCUUACAGUCAUAGGUCCUGACCGACGUGACUACUUUUCCAAAUUGGGUAUUGAGUCAGGACGCUUUACUUUCAAAACUCCAAAACAUCCUAUUUUGAAGCCUGAAGAUGCGAAAUAUGCCGCUGACGAACAUUUUCCUCCAGCUGUUUAUCAUUUCUGCUUUAGUGCUCGUUCAUUGCCAGAAAAUAUCGAAGCCAAUGCCCAUCAACCUCAAGUUGUGACAAGAAGAAGAGUCUCUUUGAAGGUGGAUGUGUUGCCAACAGAAAGAGAUUAUGCAAGGUUAGCCAAGGAAGAGCAUUUGAACUCUUUGGAAGUUGCUUUAAGGAGAAUUGAAGACGAAAUACGACAGUUUUCCAAUGAACUUGAUAUUUUAAGUUCUCGAGAACAGACCAUGAGAAAUAUCAAUGAAAUAACCAAUUCAAGAGUAACUUGGUUGGGUAUCUUUAAUGUUUUAGUAAUGAUAGCUGCAGGUAUAUAUGAAAUGUAUCAUAUGAAGAAUUACUUCCGACAUAAGAAGCUGAUAUAAUAACGAUAACCAAUAAAGGACUUGAAUACAAG